AUGGUUGACCCAUGGAUGCUCUGCGUCCAGAACAUGGACCACCCAUGGAUGGUUUGGGCGACGAAGAUGCUCUGCCGAAAGUUCGCCCGCUUCUUCACCCAAAGGGCCGAGCAUUUCGUUAUCCUCCGGCGAAAGCCCAUCGAAGGCUAUGACAUCAGCUUCCUCAUCACCAACACACACCUGGAGGAGAUGAUGAAAGAACGGAUCGUGGACUUCAUUAUCGAGUUUAUGGAGGACAUUGACAAGGAGAUCAAAGAUCUGAAGAUUGCACUGAACACGCGCCUGCGUGCAGCUGCAGCAGCCUACAUGUCGCAAUUCUCACAAAGAGGAUGA